GCCGGCGGCGAGACCGGGGAUCUGCCGCGGAGUGUGCAUGUGACAGCUGGGCAGAGGGGACGCGAUCUCGGAGGCGACAGGGCGCCCGCCCUCCGUCCCUGCAGGAAGUUUGCUGCCUCCGCCGUUGCACGCGCCCUCCUGGUGCAGCCGUAUCUCCCAGACCCGAUCUUGCCCGCCUUUCUCCCCGCCGAGGGGUCACGGUCAGCCCCACCUCCCCGUAGCCCCCACUGUCAUCGCCCCUUCUUCCCACGAGGGAAAGUGUGAUCGAGUCCCCUCAUGGAUUGCAGACUUCUUGCGGGGGAAGGCGCUUUGACCCUGCACCGCCCCUUGCCGUGCUCCCGGCUGCUCCCGGCUGCUCGGGACUGAACCGCUGGUCAGUUUGGGGAAGGAAGGAGCCCGCCGCGCUGGAGGGGAAGACAGCCGCUUCCCUGCUCCUCCCCACCUCUUCUGACCCUGGUCCGGCUCGGCUUUUCUAUCAUGGACAGCAUCCUGGAGGCCUUCCCCUCGGAGCGCCUCUUCCCCGGAGGCGCUUCCAGCUUUUUAGACCUGGGCGAUUUAAACGAAGCGGAUUUUCUCAGCAAUGUGCAUUUUUCUGAGAGCUUUGAUCACUUCUCAGAGAACAUGGAGGAUUUUUCCAGUGAACUAUUCAACAGUUUCUUUGAUGACCACAUUCUGGCAGAAAAGAACCCCCUGCUCGACAUGGACCUGGAUCCUCCCACGCCUGGUAUCCAAGCAGAGCACAGCUAUUCCCUCAGUGGAGACUCUGCUCCCCAGAGUCCCCUCAUGCCCGUCAAGACAGAAGAGGAUGCUAAUGACUUGCAAAGUGGUAUGUGGUCCCUCCAGCAUAAAUUAUGUUCUAUCAUGGUGAAGCAGGAGCAGAACAUGGCAACAGAAGUUCCUAAAACCCAGCUGGCCACUAACUCAGUGCCCAUGUUGAAUCUUAACCCACUGCAGAGGUUGCCAGCCUCUGAAGAGGCUUCCAUAGAAAUGGCUCCCCAACCUGUAAUCAAAGAUGAACCCAGAGAAGUGAACCAAUUUCUGAAUGUGCCAACAGAUGACCUGGUACAGAUGCCUCCAACUCCUCCUAGCAGCCACGGCAGUGACAGUGAUGGAUCUCAGAGCCCAAGGUCCUUGCCUCCCUCCAGCCCAGUCCGUCCUGCUGCUCGAUCUUCUACAGCGAUCUCCUCUUCACCUCUCCUCACAGCACCACAUAAGUUACAAGGGACAUCAGGGCCUCUGCUCCUAACAGAAGAGGAGAAACGUACCCUUAUUGCCGAGGGUUAUCCUAUCCCAAUCAAGCUGCCUCUCACCAAAGCAGAGGAGAAAGCAUUGAAGAGAGUCAGGCGAAAGAUCAAGAACAAGAUUUCUGCACAAGAGAGUCGUAGGAAGAAGAAAGAAUAUGUGGAGUGUCUGGAGAAAAAGGUUGAAACUUAUACUUCUGAGAACAAUGAACUGUGGAAAAAAGUGGAGACGUUAGAAAAUGCAAAUAGGACUCUGCUUCAACAGUUACAAAAGCUGCAGGCUCUGGUUGCAGGGAAAGUUGCUAGGCCGUACAAAAUGGCUUCUACACAGACAGGGACUUGCCUGAUGGCCCUGGUUUUGUGCUUUGUUCUGGUUCUGGGCUCCAUGAUGCCAUGUCUCCCAGAAUUCUCAGCAACAUCACAGACAGUAAAAGCAGCUCCAACACCAGACAUUUACACAACCAGCAAAAUUCAUUCCCGGAGCCUCCUGUUCUAUGAUGAGCCUGGAGGCUCCUUAGAAGACAGCUACAGCUCUCUCCUCUCUGUGGAGCAUCCUGAAAACUGGGAAGCUGACAAAGGGCAAAAUGAGGGAUGGCAGCCUCAGGAUCAUGCACACAGUCCCCUGGCGGUGGCCCAUGAAACAGCCAAAUACCUGAGAAAGCCCCACCUGGAAAGUCCAAGCCAGAAUCAAACCAACUCAGCUCUCACUCACCCUGAGAAGCCAUUCCAUAAGAGGGACAGAAGCUCCAGUGAUACAGCUGAAUACUCGUAGCGGCUGCCAAUCCUCAGGGCCUUAACUAACUCGAUGCAGGAUCCUUUCCUAGCUGAGUAGGGGACUAAGUGGGAGAGGAGGCUCCAUUUAGACAACUCCAAUCUGGCCUUGAGUUCAACUUCUUUCUCACUCGAUCCUUGAACCCUCAUUGACAAUACUGAUCUUUCUUUAAGGACUCACAGUGAUCACCAUCAUCAAGGAUAUUGCCUGGCAACAGACAGAAGGCCCAGCCCUCUCAUUCCCUACUUCCUUCUGAUCACCAUGGCCACCAGCUGUGUUCUUUCCUCUCUUUGCAAUCUGCCACCAACUUCCCCAGCACACAAACUCCUAAUCUGCUCUGUAUGAAUUGUCCCCAGCCAUUUCGGUCUCUGUGCCAGGAGAAGAUUCUCUUUUACUCUGUCAGAUACUUUAAAAAAAGUUUUCAUUAUUUUUACAUAAAGUUAUACAAAAUACAAAGGCAAAAGGAUAAGAAUACAUCACAAAUAAAUAUCCAAAUGACAGAAGAACAAUCUAAAGAAGGUUGUUUUUCCCAUCAGCAGCGGAGGAGCACAAAUUCAUAAAUCCCAGAUUUUGAUCUGUGCAAUUCUGUCGAAGGCUAUAAAACAAGGCCAUUCCAUACAAUAGUCCAAUGUCUGGACUCUGUUCUGUCAGAUAUUAGUAAGUCUGUUCGUUCUUUUUCCAGCAUGUCUGUGUAUUUCUUUCCUACUUAGCUGAAAUGAACUUCUAGGACUCUGCCUAAAGUUGCUUUAGGAAUGGCCUGGAGGGUAUUCCAUAUAAAAUUAAGAAUACACAUCCUGUUUCAGCUCUCACCCAACUCCUUCCAUAGUCUCUCGAUUCAGUUUUCUCCAAACAAAUGAGCAUUCUUUUUUCUUAUGCUGUCCCAUUAAAAUAUGAGAUUCCAAACUGGAUGGAUCUCCAUUACAACUAAGGAAAGAAAUCUGUCUGGAAGUAACUGUAUGCUUACCCAUAAUUGUGAGGAAGAUCGAGCAGAUGGUAGGGUGUAUGUGUGUUCCCUACACUUCCUCUUUCUUUGAAUGUUUCCUGGUGCCAUUUGGGACAGAUAUAAAGAUCAGUGUGGUUUCCCUUCUAAAAGAUGUAAGGAAUAGGGAGACCUUCCAGAGCAAUUUUCCAAUCCACGCUACUAGGCAUCAUAGCCAGACUCUAUCACUGUACCUCCAAACAAUUUGUUUAAAAAAAACCUUCUCCCCACCCAACACUAGCCUAGAAAAAAACCCCCCACUGAUCAGUCAAUGGAUAUAAUUUCAUCUGUGUCAUUAGCUAGACAUUUGACUGGCAUAGUCUAUGUGCGCCUCAAAUUACCACCAUUGUACAGAGACCAAAACCAGAAAUUGUUUGUACAUAAUGAACCUUAUUUUGUAUUAUUACUGAUCCCUUAAGAUAUUGUAUUUUGGAGACUCUCAAAUCCUAUUUUCUGUAUUGUAUUUUAUUAAGAGUUAUUGCGGGCUUGGCCUCUAUGAACUUCCUCUCUUUGUAGGCUGCUGUUUCCUCCUGGUCUAGCAGUUAAGGUUUGCCUUGUUUUCUUCUUAAAUAUAUCACUGUUUUCCUCCUGUUACUAGCUCUGCAACUGCUUUGGAGCAGCAAAAUUAAAAAAAAGAUGCAGCAUCAA